UGGACUCAGACAGCCAUUUUGUCGAUAUUAAGUGGUAAACAGUAUGUGCAAACAAUAUUCUCGGUUGUAAUCGACGUAUCCUUGUUAUUGCUGAUUUUAUUCCUAUAAAGAUGUCAUUCGGAUGACAUGCUGGACCUAUAGCAAGAUGGAGUUGGCUGAGGAACUUCAACCUGAACCCAUUCCAUGUGGCAGCAGCAGUGCUCUUCAACAAGCACCUGCUGGAAUCAUUCAGCCUUAUGAUGACACUGGUUCAAAGAUGAACAUUGGCAAGUUAAAUGAUUGUGAAGUGAAUCCAGCUAAGACUGAUCAUGAACCUAUUGAAACAAACAUGACUGUAAAUGAUUUCCGUAAUGUUGCAGAGGAUGUAGAUGCAUUGUCAACGGCAUCACUUAUUACAGAAGCCAUGGCAGGUAAAGUAUCAGAAAUAGCUGAAAAGACACUGUUCCAGCAGGUUUCAGACAAUGCAGCCAACCAAAUUGAAGGUGGGAGUGGACGAACAAAUUUGGAUAUUGAGCAGGAAAAUGAUUUGUGUAAGACUAACUGUGAAUCAGAUAAAAAUAAUUUUGCUGAUGACAUAAAUAGAGUUUCUGAGUGUGAGAACAGACUGAUAUUUGAAGAGAAAUGUACCAGCAACCUGUUGGAGACAAAUAGCACAAGUAAAUAUUGUGCUUCAGAUGAAAACAUUCAGAAGUCGCCAGUGAUAACAACUGUAAUGUUCCAUGACUGUACAGAAGUUUCUGAAAAAAAUGGCAAUGAAGCUGCGAAAACAAAACAGGAAACCUGUGCAUCAAAUUGUACAGCUGAGACCAUUCCAGAGCCGUUCGAAGAUUCACUGGAAUCCACAGACCCAGAAAUAGUGAACAGUAUAGAGGCUUCUCUGACAGAUUUUUUUUCUGCACAAGAAAAUUUAGAUCCUUCAAUGCCUAAAACAUUUGAAGAUGAAGUCUUAAAACAUGAAUCUGAAUUGAGCACUUGUAAAUUACUUGAUCAGAAUGAAGGAACAAGCAGUGAAAAUAUGUGUGAUAAUAAUUCAAAGAUGGCAGCCAUAACAAGUACCAUUGGAUGUGAUGAUUUAACAGUAGGUCCACUCUUGGAAAGUAUAGCAUUAGAUGCUGAUUUAACAACUUCUGUUGUCUGUAAAGAUGGCUUAUCACAGCGAAGAGUGGAAAAUGAUAAACUAGAAAGUGUUUCAUGUGAAACGAGUAAUUCAGAAACUAUUGAAGUUCAAAACAAUAACAAAAGUGAGCUUCAUAAGGAACAAUCCAUUUGGAAAGAUGAUGUGAAUAAUAAGGAUGUUGCAAUUGUUAGCAACACAGUUUCUGAAUGUGAAACAAUACACAAACCACAAGAGGAAUUGGAAAAAGGAUCUGUUGAUAUCAUUAAAGAUAUGGUAGACUCAGGGCAUGUAAAUUGUGACCAACCAAAGGACAUAGAUAGCGAAACAAGUGAAAUGACGUCGAAGGUCUCAAGUGAAACAAGGAAUGUUUUUGAUGUGUUCCCAGAUAUUGUUGAUGGUUCUGAACAGGAGACACUUUCAGUGCCGCAUGUUACUGCCAGUAAUAGUGAUUUUAAAGAAAGUGCUGAAGCCAUCUUAAUUAAGAGUGGAAAUGCUGAUGAAAAAGAAAAAUCAGAUGACGUGUUGAACAUUUCUGGAAAUACUAAAUUCAUGUCUUAUGAAGAAUUUUUGAAAAGUCGGGAAGAGAAUUUGUUAACAAAAAGUUCAACUCAAAAGUCAAAAAAGACAAAUAAAAAAGCAUUGUUUAAAUCUACGAAAAAGAGUUAUACUGUGAAAAAGAGGACUUUUGAUUCUGAGAGGAGUAUUUUGGAAAUGGCAAAACGUCGGUACCCAGGAUUAAAAGAGUUGAGAGUGGAAAUAAAGAGUGUAGAAGAUGUUAAAGACAGUGUUCAAGUUGCUUCAGAACCAGUAGAGCAAACCUUGCCAAAAGAAGAGUCAGCAACUAGUUCAAAUGCAAGGAGUUAUUCUUCCAAAUCAAAGAGUCAUAGAAAAGUAGGUUUGAGGAACAAGUCAACAAAAGGUCUUUCAUAUGAGUUGAAGUCAUUGAAAGAGCCUUCAAUCCACAUGAGAAAUUCAGUUGCAAAUGAGAAAAGUAUUCCACUGAAAAAACGAACUAGACAUCGUGUGAUAGAGACUGUUUCACAGGGUUUUAUAACUGAUAAAACAAAAAUUAAGAAUGAGAAAGGCAAUAAAAAAGAAAAUUUGAAAGGUACUAAAUUGAAGGAAAGUAAUCAGAAUAAACUGAAAAUAGAAGUCCUGAGGAAUGUUUCUGGAAAAGAAUGGUCUUCUAGUCAGAAAAAGAGAUCUCUAAACAACAGCAAAGAUAAACAAGUUUUAAAUUUAAAUGAAAGACAUUCAGUUGUUGAAAGUACAGUUAAUUGUGUCUCAAAUUCAGCUGCUCAAAUGGCCAAUGAAAAACUUAACUCUGAUGCAAAUGUUAAAAUUACUGGUGAAUGUAAUAUUUUUUCCAAUCCCAAAGAAAGUGAUCGUAAAUGUUUACCAAAGACUAUUGUAUUAAAGAAGUAUCCUGAAAGAACUUGUAAAAUGAAAAUUACACAGGAGUAUGUUGCUAAGGGAGCUAAAAAGCAUUCAAAAGAUGUUUCUCUUCCAAUUGUUAAACCGAAAACAGGAUUGAAAAUAGUAGAGAAAAAAGAAACAAAUGCUGAAGUAACUUCAGAUGACAGAAACCAAGCCAUCAAUAAGUCAAAAAAGAAAAGAAAACGUAAAGUGAAACCUUGGUCAUGGGGAAAUGAAAAGAAGCGUUCUAAACCUAAAUUCAAACAUAUGCACAGUGAAAAUGUGGAAGAAAAAUAUGCCGGUAUGAAUAAAGAUUUAGACAGUAUCGAUAUCGAUAUGACUGCUGAAAACCAACUAAAUGUUGAAGAUGCUAAAACAAGCAAUCCUGAGACUUGUAAUGAUGAUUGUGUGUUUCAAACAGUUGAUUUGGUUAAGACUUUGUCAAAUGAAUCUGUGUGUGCUAGUGAGCUGACAAGCUAUGUAAAAAAUGCAACUGAAGAAACAAACGCCAAUUUAGAGAGUGCCGCAUCAGACCAUUUGGAGCCACAAGUUGGCUUAGUUCAGUUAGUGAAUGUGAACAAUCCAUUAGAACUUGAGAAUAUUUUAAAUGAAGAUAACUACCAACAUGAAUCUCCAGACAGUGGUGUUCAGUCCUUCGCAGGAUCUCCUUCUGGAAAUGAAUCUCCAAACUCUGUCAGUCUUUCUAGUAAUGACAACAGCGUGCCUAAUGGUCUAAAUAAUUUACCCAGUUUCUCAGAAAAAGUGAAACAGUCUUCAGCUCUUAGCUCACUUUCAUGUCUUACUAAGAUCUCAUUGUCAAGCAAUGCUUUUGUUUCAAGUGUUCAAUGUGCAACUGCCUCAGCAAGUGUGAGUUCUUAUUCAGUAACAACUUCAUUGAGCUCAUCCACAGAAACAUGUACUGUUUUCUCUAUAGCUUCUCCUAUAACUUCUGUGACACUGCCUUGUACAUCAUCAAAUUAUAUUGAUAAAAUAAGUACAAUUGCUUCAUCUAAUCACUCGCAUUUAGUGUAUUCUACAUUGUGUCCAGUGCAAUCAAUUUCAGACACAAAUAUUUUAAGGAACCAAAGUCAACAGCACUCUCCCAGUAAAAAGAAAAAUAGGGCGAAGUUUCUUCACUUACACAAGGCUAGUACUUUACUUCAGAAAGGUAGACUACCUACAGAAGAAGAAAAAGAACAAAGACUUGAAGAUAAGUUUGAUUAUUUGAACAAACAUGGUGCAAAAUCUAACUGUGAUAUUUCCUUGAACUUAAAAAACAUGAAUGUGUUAACAGAUGAUGCUAUUAAUAUGUUUUCGCAACCAACGAGUGUUGCAGCAAUAUGCUCAUCCAAUAUUAAAACAGACUCUAAAACGGAACUUACAACAAUCAAUGCAAGUGAUAUAUCUCAAGAUAUUCCUAUUGAAAUGGAAACUUUAUCAGCAAUUCCCACUGUGACAUCAUUUCAUUCCAACUCUGGGUCAGACACAAGUUUUGAAAACAGACACGGACAUUUCAAACGGAAAAAGAAACAGUCAAAAAUUAAGAAAACGCGAAAAAGAACUCUUUCAAAAAGUAAUGACAUUAGCCUAACUGUAGAAUCAUCUAUUUCAGUGUCAGUCAAUUCGAACAAUAUCACUGAGUUGCCUUUGGAUAAUGAUGAAAAUGUUGAAACUGUCUCAGAUUCCAUGAUUCAGUCGGAACCAUUAUAUCCUAAUGAAAGUUGUUUAGAAACUGAAUCAUUUUGUCAAGACAUUGUUACCUCAUUAAUAGCUAGUGUGGAAAAUGGUAAACCUUUUUUGGCGGCUGAUAAUUUCCAAAAUGAAAUCCUGCAGCCUGAAGUAGAAGACCAUGAUUGUAGUGAUGCUGAUAGGUCAAUAAACAAUGAUGUUAGUGUUGCUUCUUUGUCAUCUAGAUCACUAGAUGAAGAUAUUGAAAAAGGAAUUAUUGAAAGUGAAAUACAGGGUGCCGAUCAUAACUUUGAAGUUGAAAUAUUUGAUAAAUUAAAUGAUUUUCAGGAGAAAACAAGUGAAUCCACUCCUGAAAAAGAUAGUGAUAAUCUAGAAAAAGAUAGUGAAACAUUACGGGAUGUAAUGAAUGGGAUUCAUUCAGUUAUUAAAAACUGGGAUCAGGAAAACAAAGACACUGAAGGCGAAUUUCAGUUGACUUUACCAAUCAGUAAUGAGAGUGCUGAAGAAAGUGUAUCAGUUCAGGUGCCUCUUAGGAAGAGAGGGAGACCACCAAAUAAAUACAAGAAAUACAAGAAACGGAAAUUACUGACAUUACAAAAGUACAGAAACAAAUACUAUUACAAUGUGAACAAAAUAAAAGCCAAAGGGGGACAGCCAAUUUCUCUUAAAACAUACCAGGAUGUAAUUAUUAAGAGAAGACCAGGAAGACCCAAAGGUUCAAAAAAUAAAGAAAGACUGAAAGAGGUCAAAGAAAAAAGGCCGCGUGGAAGGCCUAAGGGUGCACUGAAUAAAGUGAAGAAAACUGUGCCAUCUCCCUCUGAAGCACUAAGUGUAGAAGUGAGUACGAUACCAGGGAUAAACAAUGAUGCUUCUGGUCAGGAGCAUGGAGUACAAAAGUCUACAAUGAUGCAAUGGCGUGAAAGCAAUGUCAUGCAUGGAAUUGAGGGCGAUGAAAAGAAAAAAAGGGGCAGGCCCCGUAAAAAACCUUUACCAGAUGAUACCACACCAAAGAAACGUGGGAGGCCUGCUUUAAAAGAUAAGAGCUUGCAAAAGAAUAAAUCUAAGAAAAUCAAGGAAAAAAAUAAUGACAAUGUUGAACCUGUUAUGACUGGUCCAAGUGAUGUGAUGAUGUCAAAUGAGUCUGUCAGUAAAAAGCAAGUGAAGAAGAAAGAUUCAAAGAUAAAAGUACAAAAUAAAUUUGAUAUUGCUGAUGCUGUAAUAUCACCUGCCAAACUUGACCAAGAGGUUGACUUUGAGUCUAGAGAGCCAGCACAGUCCAUCAGCUCUCAUGACUCUGACACUAGUGGGGCAGGAAGCCACAUGUACAACAAAAUGUCAGCCAUUCGGUUGUGGGAGGAAAUGAGUAGACAUAGGUGGAAGACAAAAAAGAAAAAACUGCUUCAUUUCAGAAGUAAGCAUAAAAACAUUAUUGACCCAGUGUUUAAUGCUGAAGUUGAGUAUCUGACUGGUGUAUUUCCCAGACUUUCCAUAUCUCCUCGUGGAGAAACAUAUCUUAAGGUACGUCCUGGGGAGGUUCCAUUGCCAUCAAUAUUUAAAAUCGCAAGGAUUGAUGUGAAGAAAAAGAAAAAAGAUAAAUUAUUUGUGUUUGAAAAGUCUAAACCAAUAAAACAGAAAAAUGAUGAAUUAACAACCAAAGACAAAAUUAAAUUAGGUAGAAGGAUAAGUGUACUUGGAGAAAGCUUUAUGGACAAUGAUGCUGGAAGUGGACAGAAAGCAUGUAACCUUCCUCCAAAAAAGCGGCAUAAACUGUUCACCAGUCCUGAAGAAGGCUUUGGGAGGCAGGAAAAAAGGAAAGUUGGGCGGCCACGAAAACAGUCUGUGACAGUAGCCAGUCUGGAGACUUGUGCCUUCGGUGAUUUGCAGCGCAAGAAAGACACCAGUUUCAGGAUGGGCCGAGAUGGAAUGGCGUCCUUUGCCUCUGUGGCAUUGUCAGGAUGUUGGCCUGGCUUCUCUGUGCUGAACUCUGAGUCACUAGCACCACUAACCACAAAAGCAUCUACAUCAGGGUCGGGGGAUAAAAAUAUUGUGGAUAAAAUAGUCCAAUCUGUAGACUGUGUCAGUACCAAGGAGUUUACUCAUCAUAAAAAGCUUGCUAAAGAUUUUGCAGUUCCUGUGUCGAAGAAAACUGAAAAAAAUCUUUUUACAUCAUUUUCUGUGAGUACAAAAGAGACUGUCUCAAAGUGCCAUGACACGUCCAAUGACUGUGAAUCUUUCCAGGAAACUGCUGAGGAUGGUGUUGAGGCUACUGAAAUCACAAAAGAUAGUGCCAAAAUUGAUGGUAGCAAUAAAAGAAAUCUAAAAAGAAAACUUGAUCACCCUGGUCCUGUGUUUGCAUCGAAAGACAGAAAAUUGAAGCCAGAUGGCAGAGCGGAGUUGCAGUUAAAUAGUGAGCAACAAGAUGACACGGAGAGCGUUCGUUCAUCUGUCUGUCCAGAUUCUGAGCCUCUGCCAGUCAUUCACAGAAACGGAGAGAUUGAGGGACCAGAUUAUGCAGCCCACAGUUCCGAACGAAGUGAGUCUGUGGAGAGCCAGGAGAGCGACACAAGCAUAGUGAAGAGGCCGUCCACAUUCCAGAAGAAACGCUACCAGAGGGCAGGGCUGUAUUCAGCCUCGUACAAGGACGAACACAGUGUGAAAGAGAAGGAAAUGAGCUCCAUAAUAUUCACCUUUGACCCUCCACUGCACUUCGGGAACCACCUUAUGAAGACUCCCUCAGACUUCCAGCUUCCUUAUGAGGUGUGGUGGCUGCAUUUCAACGACAUGCUUCCAAAGAAAGGAGACGGCCAGCAGUAUAGAAGGAUCAGAAACAACAUUUACGUUGAUGCACGACCUAUCUGCCGCAAUGAGGCCCACUCUUGUAACUGUAAGACUCCCAGCAGCGCUACAGAGAAGGGGUGUGGCGAGGACUGCCUCAAUAGGUUGAUCUACACAGAGUGUUCUGCAGACUUGUGCCCAUGUGGCCCCUCAUGCUCCAACCAGGCCAUUCAGAAGCGCCAGUUUGCUCCCUGCCUGCAGAAGUUCCUAACCAAGGACCGAGGGUUUGGAGUCCGCACCACAAAACCUGUCAAAGCUGGUGACUUGGUGACUGAGUACGUAGGGGAGGUGGUGAGUGAACAGGAGUUCCGUAGGCGUAUGACGGAGGAGUACUCACAGGAGUGCCACCACUACUGCCUCAACCUGGAUGGGCGCAUGGUCAUAGAUGGGUACCGGAUGGGCAACAUAGCACGCUUUGUGAACCACUCCUGCGAGCCCAACUGUGAGAUGCAGAAAUGGAAUGUGAAUGGCACCUACCACAUGUGCCUGUUUGCCCUUAAGGAUAUAGAGCCCGGCACAGAACUGGUGUAUGACUACAAUUUCCAGUCCUUCAACCAUGAUGCACAGCAAAUCUGCAAGUGUGGUAGCCAGGACUGUAGGGGUAUCAUAGGUGGACGCAGAUCAGCCAAGGCGGCUGAGAAACUACAGGGCAAAGGGAAGAACAAGAGGACCAAAGACAAGCGCAAGUCAAAAACAAAAACAGACGCUGCAAAAGAUAGUCAUGUUAAGGCUAGCAGUUCUGGCUGCCUCGCCUCCCAGGGCCCCCCUGUGUUCAGCUGUCAAUCCCUGGGCCCCUACGCUCUAUCCUUGCUCACGAUCAAGAAGAAAGAGCGAGUGUACGCCAGGAAUCAUGCCAUCUUCCUUGUGCGCAGUCUUGACAAGUUGAGACAGAAACUCACCAAGGCACCCUCUGAGGACGGACACGUUGAGGACUUUGUGAAGGGAACUAACUUCACCAAGAAAGAUGUCAUUAUUACGCAGCUGACUGCUAUGAAAACAUCCAGGUCUGUGAAGACGCGCAGGCUGACGGUGGCGCAGGAAGAUACAGAGGUGAACAAGAUGGCCAGGCUUGCGUCCGUGUGCAGGGAAAUAUACUCAGCUGUCAUCACUGCUAAAGAUGAAGAUGGCAACGUGCUGGCGGUACCAGACCUGUUCCACCUGCCAGCCCGUAAGAAGCACCCCUGGUACUACCAGGUGAUCCAGGAGCCUAUAGACCUUACAAUGAUAGAGGGACGCAUACUGUCAGGGGAGUACACCAGCAUUGAAGCCUUCCACACAGACAUGUGCAAACUGUUCACCAAUGUAGAGACCUACUGUGGCAAGAAGUCUCAGCUGGGAGAGGUGAUCAAGCAGCUGCGUGAAGUGUACAGCGAGGCAAAGCAGACCGAGAUAGAAGCCCUGCAGGCACCGCCAGGGCCACCUGACCCCGGGGAGAACCAAUCAGAUGCAGAGUGCUCAGACAACAUCCAGGUUUCCACUCCCACCACUUCUGUCUCAUCUGAAUCGGACAUCAGUGAGGUCUCAGAUAACAAAGGAGAGUGGGCGAUGGAGGAAGAGGAGGAGGAGGUGAUACGAUGUAUCUGUGGUAUCUUCAAGGAUGAGGGGCUCAUGAUACAGUGUGAAAAGUGCUAUAUCUGGCAGCACACUGACUGCAUGCGUGUAAAGGGAGACGAGGACAACUACCUUUGUGACUUUUGUGAGCCCAGGCCAAUAGACAGGGAGGUGGAGAUCACACCCUGCAUGGAUGACGAGGACCCUGUGCCUGAUGAUGGGAACCGGUACUACAUGACCCUGAUGAGGGACGACAUGCAAAUCAGGCUGGGGACCUGCGUUUACGUGAUGAAGGAGAACCAGUCCAAACGAUUCUCGUACAAGAAGUCGGGCGGCCUUAAUAAGGAUAAGAUGGAUAUUUUCAGGAUUGAACGACUCUGGAAAAACAAUAGAGGUGACAAGUUUGCCUUUGGCCACACAUACAUCAGACCCCAUGAGACAUUCCACGAACCAAACAGAAAAUUCUUCCCAAAUGAGGUUUUCAGAACACCUCUCUAUGAAAUAUUCCCGCUGGACUCUAUUGUCGGCUACUGCUGUGUCCUUGACCUAUUGACCUACUGUAAAGGUCGCCCCAAAGGUUAUCAUGAAGAAGAUAUCUACAUUUGUGAAUACCGCAUGGACAAGACUUUGCACCUUUUCUACAAGAUCUCACCAAAACAGAGGAUUCAAGUGAACACCAAGUCUUACUGCUUUGACAUGUAUGAGAAGAGAUUAAAUCCCAAACGAACAUACCUGCCACAUGAAGUACCGGAGUCUUACAAGCGUAACUGGAGAGAGAGGAGUACCAGUAGUAUGGAGGGAGGUGACAAACAUCAGGCAGAGUCCCGGGAGCUUGGGGGUGGUGGGCGAGCCUACCUUGACCCACACUGGAGGAAACAGAAGCGAGAGAAGGUGAACAGCAUAAUUGAGGCUCUGUCCAGCACAGUUCUGUCUCCUGGCAAGAGACGGCAUGAUCUCUCCUACCUGAUGGUUCACCCACACAAAUAGGACCGCCCUUGUGUUCAAUACACAGACUACCUGUUCACUUGACCUGUGGCAAUAACCUACAACGCUCCACCUCUUUGUGUCUGAAAUUGUUUGUACAAGAAUUUUAAGUACGAGUAAACUGAUCUGAUACUUCAACCAUGUGCUAUUAUAUACCAGUAAAAUAUAAAUCUGUUAUUGUAUGAUCCAAUCUUGAUUGAAUUGUGGAAUUCAAACCUUGAAUGAGAUGUUGUAUAUGGUCAAAGGUGACUGCAACCAGACCUGGAUCAUGUCUGAACAUGAUCAUGCGACAAGUUAAAUUUAUGGCAGAAUUGUGUAGUUAAAAGAAAUAGUUGAUGUGCAUUGGCAGAAUGUUUCUGAAAUUGUGAAAAAUAUGACAGAAUUUAACUUAAUUCAAUCUGUUGUGAGAAACAGAAUUACAGUAAGAAAUUUAAUGUCAAGACACUUAUCUCAAGUAUUUGACGUAUCAAACUGGAAAUGACUCUAACCCUGAUUGAGAACGUAGUGUUUCAGCAACCUGCUGGUUAUUUUGUAUGCAUGAAAUCCAUUAUUAAUAUGAAGCUAUUUCUUAGUACCAGUCUGGAAGUUGGGGAGAAAUGUUUGAAGUUGUGUGUUUAAAUGUUCUACAAAGACAUACGCAGUUACUUGCCAUUAAUUUGUCAUCCUCAUCUACAGCAGUCUUUACAAAUAAACUGCUUGAUUUGAUAAAUGUCACUAGGCACUUGAUUUCAAAGGAUAUUUGUGAUAAGUUUGCUGACAUUUUGAUUUAUGAUCUCUGUAACAUUAAAUACCCAUUUGUUCAAAUUACCUGAUAUUGACGCAUAUAGGAAAUUGUAUUAUCUUGUUUAGGGCAUUGGGAUGUUAAUUUAUAUUCAAACAAAACUGUUGUUGCUACUUUUUCGCUAAAAGCGGUAGUAUAUUAACCUGUGAGUUAGCUCCAAGCAUCGAUAAUUGAACUCUGCGCAUUUAUUUUGAGAUAAUUUAUUUGAAUUAAUUAUAUUGCAUCAAGUAUGUUUAUCUUCCCAAAUCUUUUUUUGCUGUUUAUGUCAUUGUUGUUUACAAGUAUUGUUGUAUUUUUAUAUGAACUAUUGCCAUAUGUGAACAAAGUGUUUAAUGGAGGUGCAAUAUUAAAUCAUGAUUGAUACAGAUCUUUUGUACAUACAUAUUUGACUUGAGCUUUCAUUCAAAGAUUGUGUAGUAUUUCUGUAGAAACCAUUAUGUUGUAUAAUAAUAAUCUCUGUAUGUGUUUUUAUGAAACUUUACUAUUGUAAAUAUUACUGUAAAUCUCGAUAAUUGUAUAUACUCCUGUAAAAAUGUAGGUAGUCUUUGAUUAUUUUGUACUUUCCUUUUACUCUAUUUGUAUCAUAUGGUGUUAAGUGUAACUGUUAUUGACUGAAUGUAACACAUUUUAGCUCAAUCAUUUUAUAUUGUUCUUAUUUUACAUAAGAAAAAACACUGAACUUAAGAUUACUUAUCUUUAUGGUCUGAUAUUAUGUUCAAUAAAAUGUUUCUGAAAUUAUGCCACCAGAAAGCAGUGUUUGUGUCUUUACUGCAAAAAACUACUCAAUUGGUUAAAAAAAUGUUAAUUUUACCUUUUCUUUCUAAACAUUAACUCAAACUGUCAUUAUUGGUUAUUUUUGUCAUGCACUAUACUCUUGAAGGUUUAAUAGAAAGAAAGAUAUGAGAAGUGCUCUGUGAGAAUCAGGCUAAAUGCAUGUGCAUAAAGUGUUGUCCCAGUUCACCAUGUGCAGUCCGUGUGGAGGCUAUUCUGGGAUGACUUUUUCUGUCUAGACAAGAUUUGGUUAAGAGUAGACUCUUUAAACGGCCUUAUCAGCACAAGCAUUAAGCCUGGUUUUCCCAUAGACCAAAUCAUAUCUUUAUCAGAGACUAAUUUGUUAAGAAAAAUAGUUGCUCUGUUUUGUUUGUCUCAAUUUUUGGUUAAGAAAAUUGCAGCAAACCAUUUUAAAAAUCCAAAAUACUUAAUAAAAGCCAUUUUGAAUCUGAUACUGAGAUAUUUAUGGUAUGUUCAUAGCAAAAUGAAUUCAAGUCAUCACCUCCUGCUGUUUGAAGUAUCUAAACUUGUAUGCAAAUUUUUAAAUUACAGCAUGUUUAAAAUCCUUAUUCCUGAUACUCAUGUAAUCAUGUUUUAAGGUUUAAAAAUACAUUUAUGUUUUCAGUUUAACUAUUUGUUAUAUGACAUGACAUUAAUGAUAUAAUUGCUGACAAUGAAGACAAAGAAGCAUGUAAUUUGUUCCUGUUCUAUUACAUGGCAUUGUUACAAAGUUACUUGUUAAAGGAAUUUCAUCUAUGCAAAAUCAGUUGUUUGUAUGUUAAAUCAGUAAAUCUUACUAUAAUAUUAGAUUCAGGCUGGCUUUGUUAUGCUGGUGCAUGUAUGCAUCUUUGAUUUAUAGGGCUUAUGUUUUCAGUAUUUCAAUAAAUAACAAACUCUAUAUCCACUAUGUUGUAAUCUUAUCAGAAAGUGUAAGCUUUUGAUUUGCUUAAGAUUGAUAUUCAUUGCAGAUUAUUCUGUAAAAAUUAGUUUUAUCAAAUGAACAAACACUGCAAUCAUAUAUAAAUGGGCCGUGCAGUGUGAAAAGCCUGUGUGUAAAGCGUCAUCCCAGAUUAGCCAGUGCAGUAGGCAUAGGCUCAUCAGGGUUGACACUUUCUGCCUAAACUUGAUUUUUGCUAAGAAGAGACUUUCUCGAAACAAAAUAUAUCAUAAAUCGGAAAGUGUUGUUCCUGAUUAGCCUGUGAAAACUGCACAGGCUUAUCUGAGACAUUUAAUGCACAUGCAUUAAACCCCCUUUCCACACAGCACGGCUCAAUGAAAUUCAUUUUUCAUGCAUUUGUAAUGAUAUGCAUUUGUAAGGUAAUGAUGGGUUAGGCUUAGUGUUCAAUACAUGGGUAAUUGUUGGGUUUUUUCAUCAAUGUAAUUCAUUGUACAUGUAUGGGAACUUUUGGUUCUGUAGAUAAGGCAGCUGAUCAGUUUGGUCUAUUUCUACUGUUUUAUUUUCCUAUGAUUUGCAGUCAUGGUAUGUGCCUUCACAGUGUUAUCGCUGGCAGAAAUCUAGAGCAAAUCAUAGCAUAAGGUGCUUGUUAUUUGGCAUUAUUGUUAUGAUUAAAUUUACCCAUUUAUAGUUGGUAUUUGUGUUAACUUGUACACCUGCUUUAAGUUUUAAGGCAUACAAAACUGAACAGCGUGUUGGUGUUUUUUGUAUUAAAGUAAAUAAAUUGAACAGAAAUUCAUGAACAAUAUGAAGCUGAGUAUACUUGAAUAUACAGUUCGCAUAGGCUGAUGGAUGACAACGCUUCACCUAGAUUGGAUUCUAGUUUAUUAGAAAGGUCCUCUAAAAGAAGAAUUUCAUAAAAGCCUAAACCAGGUUUCCCAGAGUGAAGCUCAGUUGUAUUUAAUGAAAAUUGUCUUUUUUGUUAUAAAUGGCAACUAUCUGGUGUUAUAAAGCUUUGGUGCUACAUUUUACUAUGAACUGAUGUAACCUCCUCAUUUCUGGAUACAGGGCUGUAAUGGUUACCUGAAAUUUUAGGGGGCGGGUAUGUAAGCAAUGGGAACCAUUUCAAAAUUCACAGGUUCUGGGUUAUCAUACAGUUUUUGGAUCCAACUUGCAUGUUUGCACUGUAACACUGUUCAUUUUCCAUGUUUUGCCUUUGCUUAAUUUUACUGUAAAUUUCAGCACUCUAAUUUUAAAGUUUUUGGCCCAUUUUUAGCUCGACUAUUAUAUAUAAAAUACAUAUAGUGGAGCUAUCCUACUCACCCGGCGUUAGCGUCUGCAUUAGUGUGCAAAUGUUAAAUUUUCGUACUACCCCAAAUAAUUUCUUUGUCCCUUGACAUAUUGCUUUCAUAUUUUGCAUACUUGUUAACCAACAUGACCCCAACCUAUAAACAAGAGCAGAUAAUCCUAUCAAGCAUUUUGUCAUAAUUAUGGCCCCUUUUCCACUUGGAAUAUGCAGCAAAUUUUAAAGUUUUCUUACUACCCCAUUUAUUUUCAUUGUCCCUUGACAUAUUGCUUUCAUAUUUUGCAUACUUGUUAACCAUCAUGGCCCCAACCUAUAAACAAGAGCAGACAACUCUAUCAAACAUUUUGUCAUUAUUAUUGCCCCUUUUAUACUUAGAAUAUGCAUAUUAUUGAUAAAUCUAUCUUAAAGUUUGUGUACUACCCCAAAUAUUUCCUAUAUCCUUUGACAUAUUGCUAAUAUAUGUUGCAUACAUGUUUACCAACAUGACCCCAACCUAUAAACAAGAGCAGAUCACUGUAUCAAGCAUUUUGACAUAAUUGUGGCCCCUUUUACACUUAGAUAAUUGAACAUUUUGCUUAAACUGCCAUAACUUCUUUAUUUAUGAUCACAUUUUAUUAUUACUUUGACAAAACAACACUUACCUGAAUACCACAUGGAUUCCACCCAAACAAUACCCCACGCCCCUACCCCAAAUCCCUUCC